AUGCCCUCAGCUGCUACUAUCUCAGACGAGGAGAUCAGCAGACUUGCCAGUCUGCCACGAAAGCCCUUGACCCUGGCAGAUCUGGUCGGACAUGGCAAACCUCCUCUCUCGAAUGAUGCUCUGCUCUCUUCUGCAAACUUCACUCUGUCUCUACUUCCUGCUCGUCUAGCUCACCGUAUUCAGAAAUUGCGAAACCUGCCUUUUAUUGUCGUUGCCAACCCCAACAUCAAUCGAAUCUACAACAAUUACCUCCAUUCCCUGUCUAUCCUCGAGCCCUUUUAUCAAAGCAAAAUCGUUUCUAUGGAAGAAGAAGUAAGGUUCACCGAGGCCAUGGCUGAGUUGGUGCAGACUCAUACCAAUACCAUACCUAUCCUGGCACAAGGCUUUCUCGAAUGCAGGAAAUAUAUUACUCCAGCAGACAUUACAAGAUUUCUCGAUCAGCAUCUAAGAGCUCGCAUAGGCACAAGGUUGAUCGCCGAGCAACAUCUUGCUCUGCAUAUGGCUUCCGCGCCUGAAACAGCUGAACACGAGUUGGACAUGCACAAUAUUGGUGUUAUUGAUACUUCUCUUCAGCCAGCAAAAAUCAUACGUUCCUGCGAAGCUUUUGUCGGUGACAUAUGUGAGCUGAAAUAUGGUGUCAGGCCUCGUAUAGACAUGAAUGGCUCAGUUAAAGCUAUGUUUGCCCACAUUCCGGUCCAUCUGGAAUACAUCCUGACUGAGCUCAUCAAGAAUGCAUUUAGGGCCACCAUCGAGUCUGGAAAUGAGACACAUCCUAUUGAAGUAACCUUCGCAGCCGCUCCAGACGUACCCCUCUCUAAACUGGAUGCCCUCAAAAGGCUGUCCGUGACCGAUGAAAGUGUCCUCGACUUCUCGCAGGAAGGAUUGAUUGAAUACUGCUCUUCUUCAGAAGGCCUAGGAGGUCCACUCAAUUCUUCUGCGCCAAGCAUUACCAUUAGGAUUCGAGAUAGAGGUGGUGGCAUACCUCCCGAGGUGCUGCCCAACAUCUGGUCUUACAGUUUUACCACGUUCAAUGCCGAGCAGGCUACGAACGCAAACUCAGCCAGCGAUGGUCUUCAGGCCAUCACGAACGGCGGCAAUCCUAGUAGCAUUGCUGGUCUGGGUUAUGGUCUUCCACUUAGUCGUGCCUAUGCUGAAUAUUUUGGUGGCAGCAUAGCUGUUCAGAGUAUGUAUGGUUGGGGCACUGAUGUCUAUUUGAGCUUGCAGGGAAUCGCCAAGGUCGUCUGA